ACAAAAUGGAGCAGGUCUCACUGCAGUGUGAGCUGAGUAAAGCCUCAGCUAAUGGCGAUCUUUUUCAAGUUAUGUUCCUGCUGGGAUGUGGUGCUGAGGCCUCUGGCCUGAACAGGGAGGGAAGGACUGCUCUUCAGGUGGUGAUGCUGGGCUCCACCGCUGUGGUUGAAAUCCUCCUCUUCGCCGGCGCCAACCCGAACCUGCCCGACCCUGUGCUCGGGCUCACGGUGAUGCACGACGCCGCGCGGGAAGGUUUCCUCGACACCGUGCGCUUGCUGAUGGAGCACGAGGCGGAUGUGAACGUGACGGACAACCGCGGUAACCUGCCACUCCACCUGGCCGCCCAAGAGGGCCACUUGAUGUUGGUCGAGCUGCUGAUCGAGCGCACCUCUGACCCCACAUGGCUGAAUGUUGAGGGCCGCUCGGCGAGGCAGCUGGCGGCCCUGAACCAGAGGAGUGAGACGGUUUCCUUCAUUGACCAGUAUCUCCGUACGUUGCCUCAGUGAAGCCGCAGGGAUGUUCCAUUUGGUUCAAAGCCUAUUCGUCAACUGAUGACGGUUCUUCGAAGGAAAGCGGGUCGGAACUUGUCCUUACUGAUCGCAUGGA